CGUUGUUGUUGUAAGUGGAGUGGAAAUUACUUUGUCGCUGGUGGUCCGGCUUGGGAUUGUACGCACACUUCCACCCAAGAAGAUGCCCCAAAGUUGAUCAUUGUCAAUUUUUGUAAGCACGCGUGUCACCUACGAGUGUCAACUUGUGUAGUGGAACUACAUCGGGGGAGGAUGAAAACGUCGCCGAAGGUGCGGCUGUAAGCGACCUGCCAUCGCCGGGCCGCCCCCCCAACCUCUUCUCGACUUCUCCUUGUGGUUUUCCUUUUCCUUUUUUACAUUUCUUUCACCGGACGCGGAACGCACACUUUUGAAUUCAUGAUCACAUGACUGUGGACAUGGACUCGGUCCUGACUAACUUUCUCCAGUCCACGGGAGCAGAUCCAGGACUGGCCAGAGACCUGCUGGAAGGCAAGAAUUGGGACCUGAGGGCGGCGCUCAGUGACUUUGAGCAGCUGCGACAGGUGCAGGCCGGGGGCUUGAUGUACCCCUACCCCGAGGAGAGGACGUACUUGUCUCCGGAGAAGGAGAAGGCCAGACUAGGACGGCCCGUACUCCAGCGGCAAGAUGAGGUGGCGCAAGCUGCGGAGAAGUCUCAGCUGAGGUCCUCGCCCGCUGCCUCCAUGGCCCGCACGCACACGGCGGGCAACGCCGAUCAGCUGCUAAACACCCCCGAGUUCACCUUCCAGCUGCCGGACCUCAGCAUGUACCAGGACGACUUCCGGGUCACCGAGAGAGACCUGAUCGAGAAGUCCAUGAUGGUGGCGCUGGAGCAUGCAGGGCGACUCAACUGGUGGACCAAGGUGGUUCCGAACUGUCAGAGUCUGCUGCCGCUGACGACCACUGGAGACGGGAACUGCCUCUUACACGCCGCCUCGCUCGGUAUGUGGGGGUGUCACGACCGGGACCUGUCACUGCGCAAGGCGCUGCUGGAGCAGAUGUCGCACGGCGUGGAGCAGGAGGCCCUGAAACGCCGCUGGAGGUGGCAGCUCACCCAGCAGAACAAAGAGUCCGGCCUGGUCUACAGUGAGGAGGAGUGGCAGAAAGAGUGGAAUGAACUUCUGAAACUGGCCUCCAGCGAGCCCAGAGUCAACUACAGCAACAACGUCAACAACAGGGGGGAGUCCUCAGACGAGCCCGUCUACGAGAGUUUAGAAGAGUUCCACGUGUUCGUCCUGGCGCACGUCCUCAACAGGCCCAUCGUGGUGGUGGCCGACACCAUGCUGAGGGACUCCGGAGGAGAGGCCUUCGCCCCCAUCCCAUUCGGAGGCAUCUACCUCCCUCUGGAAGUGGCGGCCGCCAAGUGCCACCGCUCGCCGUUGGUCCUGGCCUACGACCAGGCGCACUUCUCCGCCCUGGUCCCGAUGGAGCAGAAGGACAUCUCCAAAGAGCAAGUGGUGAUCCCGCUCACCGACUCCGAGCACAAAAUGCUGCCUCUGCACUUUGCCGUGGAUCCCGGGAAAGACUGGGAGUGGGGCAAGGACGACACAAACAACGUGAUGCUAGCGAGCGUGGCGCUCUCUUUGGAGGCCAAGCUCCAGAUGUUGCACAGCUACAUGACUGUCAACUGGCUGCCGCUACCCUGCGAGCAGGCCCCGCUGGCCCAGCCCGAGUCCCCCACCGCGUCUGCAGGAGAGGACGCCCGCACGCCGCCGGAGUCCGGCGAGUCCGACAAAGAGUCGGUCAGCAGCAGCUCCAACGGAAACGGCGACAGCGCUGCGGCCUCCGCGGUCAACGGUGGCGGGUCCACCAAGAACGGCACCUCGGCGGCGCCCCCGCAAGGACACAAGGACAAAAGCAAGAAGGACAAGGACAAGAAGAGGGCGGAGUCUGUAGCCAACAAGCUGGGCAGCUUUGGCAAGAACCUGGGCAGCAAACUGAGGAGGAACGUCGGCGGGCUCAUGACGGGGAAGAACGCCGGCAGCAGACUCGCCAAGAAGGAGGGCGGGAUCAAGAAGAAGAGCUCCUUCCGAGGGGCAAAGGACGCCAAAGAUGGCUCCCCGUCCGCCCACGUUUCUGAGGAUUCCGGGAAGGGCUCGCCCUCCUCGGGCAGCGAGCGCCUCAACGGGACGGGCAGCAGCAUGAGCAGCGGGGGCAGCAGCACGGAGAGCGAGACCUACAAGUACGGCGCCGACGUCAAAGUCAGCCUGGGCAUCCUGCGCGCCGCCAUGCAAGGCGAGAGGAAGUUCAUUUUUGCCGGCAUGCUGACCACGGACAACCAGCACCCGCUCCGGGAGCAGAGGAUCCAGCGCUACCUCACCGAGGUGGAGGAGCGCUUCCGAGCUGAGCAGGAGCAGCGGCGCGAGUUGGAGCGCAAGGGCGUGGCCUACGCCGUGCUGCCCCCAAAGAAGGAGGCGGUCUGCGGCGGCGGGGAGCUGAGCUACCGGCCUUACGAGGCCAAAGAGGAGCUCUCGGAGAACUCUUCGGCGUCUUUGAGCCAGCACAAGACCUCCCUCCUGAGUCCGGCGAUGUACGCGGGUGUGAUGCCCAUCCCGCGGCCCUCCAUCGUAGACCAGGGUUCCGCCCCCACACAGCUCCUCAUGCACCCCCCUGAUUCUCGGCGCCAGCUCGCGGGCGGCUCGCCCGCGUCCUCUUACAACGGCCUGCCCUCUUACGUCACCCUCCCGCGGCACUGCACCACGUCUUCGCAUCCCCAGUGCAAUAACUCGCAAGGCCCCGCCCCCGCCCCCGCCGCGCCGCUGUACCCCGCCGAGUUCGACCCGCCAGACUACCCCGGUAGCGAGCCCGGCGCCGGGAGCUACGCCAACGGCUUCCUGGAGCCUGGCGGCGCCGCGCCGACGGUCCGGCAUCACUCGCUGGGCAGUGCCGGCGGAUUGGGCGGCCCGCAGUCCAGCCACUGUCGGACCCCCGCCUGCAAUUACUACGGACACCCCGAGACUGGCAACUACUGCUCUUACUGCUACCGGGAGAAGAAGGACACAGAACCCGUCAUCCAGAGGUUCUGAUUGGAACCCGGACUUCACGAUGAGUGGCCUUUUUUUUUUUUUAGGGCACACGUGGACCAGACCAAAACACGGCCCCCACCUUCCACCCUCCCACUUCUUAUGUCAACCGGUGGUCUCGGUAGAACUGAACCAGGUGGUCUCUGACUGCCUUUGAAGGGAGAAUCAAACUAACCGCACUUCUGUUACUUUUUUAUGCAGGUUGGAGUACGCGACUCCUCCUUGGCUUGGCCACUGUCGCCCCCUAGUGGAGAGAAUGUACAUGACAGGCGCCGGCACUCAUUCUCACCCAUAUGCUACAUACAUUAUACUGUACAGUAUACAUGUACAGUAUACAUUAUACUGUACAGUAUACAUGUACAGUACAUACAGUAAACACUAAGCGUAGACACAAUGAUGCAAGCAUAAACAAACAGUGUCACCGCUCUUUUAUUUCCUUAUUAAUAUGCGACAUGAAGGGACGGUUUAUAUUUUGUUUCUUUCACUGCUGUCGCCCCCGACAUGUGGGGGCACUCAAACCGGAACUGGAAGGCACCGUGCAGCAGAUAUUUCCACUAGACGCCCCGCCGGCACUGAAUGCAAACACACUGACUGCUAGGAUUAUUUUCCGGCGAAGGAAAUACUAAUCCCAAGUUUAAACCCUCACCUGACCCCCAACCCUAAACAUAAUCCCGCUCCGUACCCAAACCUUGGUUGCUAACUCUUAACCAAGUCCCUCAUCUGACCCAAACCCUGGCCCCUGACCCUAAACUGAAUCCCUAAAUUUAAACUUAAUCCCUCACCCCACCCUAAACCUGGGACCUAACACUAAACUUGAUCCCCCACCGGACCCAAACCCUGGCCCCUGACCCUAAACUGAAUCCCUACAUUUAAACUUAAUCCCUCCCCCACCCUAAACCUGGCACCUAACCCUAAACUUAAUCACCCAUCGGACCCAAACCCUGGCCCCUGACCCUAAACUGAGUCCCUAAAUUUAAACUUAAUCCCUCACCUGACCCAAACCCUGGCACCUAACACUAAACUUAAUCCUUCACCUGACCUAAACCCUAAACUGAAUCCUUAAAUUUAAACUUAAUCCCUACCCUACCCUAACCCUGGCUCCUAACACUAAACUUAAUCCCCCACCAGACCCAAACCCUGGCACCUAACACUAAACUUAAUCCCUCACCUGACCCAAACCCUAAACUGAAUUCCUACAUUUAAACUUAAUCCCUCCCCCCACCCUAAACCUGGCACCUAACCCUAAACUUAAUCACCCAUCGGACCCAAACCCUGGCCCCUGACCCUAAACUGAAUCCCUAAAUUUAAACUUAAUCCCUCACCCCACCCUAAACCUGACACCUAACACUAAACCUAAUCCCUCACCUGACCCAAACCCUGGCCCCUAGCCCCUAACCCUAAACUGAAUCCCUAAAUUUAAACUUACUCCCUCACCCCACCCUAAACCUGGCACCUAACACUAAACUUGAUCCCCCACCAGACCCAAACCCUGGCACCUAACACUAAACUUAAUCCCUCACCUGACCCAAACCCUAAACUGAAUCCCGAAAUUAAAAUUUAAUCCCUCACCCUACCCUAACCCUGGCACCUAACACUAAACUUAAUCCCUCACCUGACCCUAACCCUCAACUGAAUCCCUAACCCUAAACUUAAUCCCUAACUUUACCCUAAAGCUAAACUUUAAUCCCUUGGGGUCACUCACCCAAAAUUUAAUCCUAACCUUCUUAACCUGAAGGCUUCUUAACUUUAAUCUCUCACCCUAACCCUGUUCCCUAAACCCUAAACUUAAUCCCUAACUUGAAUCCUUCACCCUAAGCAUGGUCCCUCACCCGAAAUAUAAUCCCUCAAUUUAUGAUAGUUCUAAAUUUUAAUCCCUCACCCUGUCCUAACCCUCUGUGACUUGAGUCUUCCUUUUGUGUACUAAUGGAAGGGAAAGGGCGAGGGGGGUGGUUGGGGCGGGGGGGUACUUACUAAAAUAAAAGCAUAUUUCCACCAAAGAUGGACAACAUCUUUAUUUAUUUGCCCAAUGGCACAUAAAAAACGGUACUGGGUUUGCGUCGUAUUUACUGCCAAACGUAAAUGACAGCAUUUACGUUGUCCGGUUGCCAGGUGUGUCUCCGUACGGAAGGACCACACCCGCCUCUUCCGUAGCGGGACCGCCCCCCAAAGUCUCCGCCCCACCCCCCCACGAGCUUCCCUUUUUCUGCACAAAUCAAAGCACUUUUCCCAUGUCUGUCAAAAAAGGCCUGGCGUCAACUUGUCCGCGUCGACCCCGAACGUCACGUCACGUCACGUCAUGUCACCCUGCGGUUGCUACGACGACCACUGCCUCCAAACUUCCUUUCAAACACGUCAAUGAUGUCAUCGGCCUUGUGUGUGUGUGUGUGUAGUAUAUAGUAUAUAGUAUAUAUUAUGUACUAUAUACAUUUGUACAUGAUAAGUAGUUGUGGCAUCAGGAGUUAAAAAGCACAAGCUAGUACGCAUUUCACUGCCUUGUCCAGCAGGGGGCGUCGUUGACUUCUGUGUGGUCGGUUUCCCGCUUCCCAACUCAGCCGGCAACGAGAGUUUGUCCGCAAACCGCAAACCAAAAUGACUCCACUCAUUUUCCAAAAAAAAAAACAAAAAACAAAAAAACGGAAAAAAUGAGCAUUUGCUGUGUUUUUGUGUUCCUGCACUAACGUUCAAUCUCACGUGUCAUUGAGGGGAACUUUACGCCUGUUUUUUUUGUUUGUUGUUGUUGUUUGUUUUUAUAUAUUUUCCAUUGCGUUCUCCAAAGUAAGAAUGAUUCUGAGACGGAGGCCUCAGGAAAAAGAUUUCAUGGAUCUCCUUUUUGGUUUUUGUAUUUAAGCAAAAAAAAAAAACGGAUGUAUAAAAUAUGAUUCCCAGUUAUUUUUGUAAGCCCAAAGUUUUGUAAAAGGGGGGUAAAGAUUGUUUAUUGUUGGGGAUGACGAGCAUGCGGACGAGCUCGUCAUAGAGCGGUACACAGCUAACGGGAUUGCAUUGAAAAAAAAAAAUAUAUAUAUAUAUAUACUUAUAUAUAUUUAUAGCGAGAUCUCUUUAGGACUGUUUUGUUGCUUUCAUCCUUUGUGACCUUUUGUUUUUUUUUCUACAGCCAGCCAAUCCGUGCUCCACUAAAAGCAACGUUUCCUCCAAGCUAACGUUCUAUUUUUAUACUAAAAAUGUGGCAUGGGACUGGAAGUGUUGCAUGAACGCUAAACCAUGAAUCCAUCUUACCAGACGUGCGUUAUUUCUUUCUUCUGUUAUUGUUUCCUUGAAAGACGAAGAAACCCUGAGGCUGCGUGACCGUGCAAUCUGGACAGAAAGAUCACUUUUAAUGUUAUUAGGUUAUUAUUGUUAUUAUUAUUAUUUUUUUUUUGAAUAAAUUUUCAUUGUAUUUGAAGAAUGUUUCGCCUUUUCUGUUUAUGCACAAGCCACAGUCUCUACAGUGCAAAUAUCAUGUCAAAAAACUAGCAUUAUGAACUGUG